UGCUACAUUACUCUUGGUUGUUUACUUUCCUGCUCGUUACGAAGCUGACAUAUGAAAGCACCGGUUCGCGUGAACGGUUCUAAAGCUGCUGCGGACCUUUGUAAACAAAGCGACGGAGACAAACGGAGAGUCUGAAGCUUGAGGCAGAUUUACCGCGUGCGCUCCGUCAGCUGCACUUUGGUCCGGAGGAAGUUGAGGCAGCUGCGGAGAGCAGGUCACCCGGACAGUAAUAAAGUCUUCCAGCUCCGGGACCAUGGCGAACCCUCUGAGGGCCGAAGUCGUUCGACUCUAUAAGAACCUGCUCUACCUCGGACGGGAGUAUCCUAAAGGCGGCGACUACUUCAGGGACCGCCUGCGAGCGGCGUUCACGAAAAACAAGAGCGUGCAGGACUCGGAGCAGAUCAAGGAGAUGAUCGCUCGGGGGGAGUACGUGGCCCGAGAGCUGGAGGCGCUCUACUACCUGAGGAAGUACAGAGCCAUGAAGAAACGCUACUACGAGGGCUAACGAGCGGCGGGACGGAGAAGAUUCAUCGUCCUGUUGGAACAAAGACAAAGAAUCUUUAACAGCUUAAAAGUUUUAUUGUUCCUGUCGAUUCUGAUGAUGAAUAAACAAUUAAAUAAAAGUACAAAAACAA